GGUUAAAAAUGCAUUGGUGGAACUCCGAUGCGCGUGAACGCGUGCCCGACACCUCUUCUGGAGUACGCGGUGCGCAGGUCUGAUCUGCUGUUUAUCACGCACUGACACUGAUACCGAUACUUAAGGGACACAAAGCCGGGAAUAAAAGCACUAUAAAAUGUGGAAAGCUGUGGUGGGACAUGAUGUUAAUGUGAAGGUCGAGUCAGAGGGGGACGACUGGGAAACAGAUCCAAAUUUUGAGAAUGAUGUCUCAGAGCAGGAGCAGAGAUGGGGUGCCAGAACCAUAGAAGGAUCAGGCCGAAAAGAACACAUCAGCAUUGCAGAGCUCAGACAGAAUGUGUCUCGGGAACAUGAGGUGGUUAAGAAGAAAGAGAUGGACCAGGCCCCUAAAGCCUCUUACGGCUACGGAGGGAAAUUUGGAGUUGAGAAAGACAGAAUGGACAAGGGUGCUUUAGGGCACAGCUAUGUGGCAGAGGUAGAGCAGCACUCAUCCCAGACAGAUGCAGCAAAGGGUUUUGGGGGGAAAUUUGGUGUUCAGAAGGACCGUGUGGACAAGUCUGCCAUGAGCUACGAGUACAAGGGUGAGGUUCAGCAGCAUGCAUCUCAGAAAGAUUACGCUAAAGGUUUUGGUGGCAAGUAUGGUGUACAGAAAGAAAGAGUUGACAAGGCUGCAAUGGGAUACGACUACAAAGGCGAGACUGAGAAACACCAGUCACAGAAAGACUAUGCAAAAGGCUUUGGGGGAAAAUACGGAGUGGAAAAAGAAAAAGUUGACAAGGCUGCAAUGGGUUACGACUACAAAGGAGAAACAGAGAAACAUCAGUCACAGAAAGACUAUGCAAAAGGUUUUGGGGGGAAAUACGGCGUGGAAAAAGAAAAGGUUGACAAGGCUGCUUUGGGUUACGACUACAAAGGAGAAACAGAGAAACAUCAGUCACAGAAAGACUAUGCAAAGGGUUUUGGAGGACGGUAUGGAGUCGAAGCAGAUCGCAUGGAUAAGAGUGCAGCUUCAUUCAGUGAGAUGGAGUCACCAUCAUCAGCUUAUGAAAAGCCUCAAGCUUUCGAGGCCUCAAGUGUAGGAGCUGGAAACCUUAAGGCUCGGUUUGAGAACAUGGCGAAGGCCUCUGAUGAAGAGAACAAGAAGAGAGCAGAGGAGGAGAGAGCCAGAAGACUCGCUAGAGAGAAGAGAGAACGAGAAGAGGCACAACGCAAACAGGAGGAGCAGAGCAAGUAUGAAGAGGAGGAAGAGAAUCAGAGACCUCCAUCUGUGCCAGCAUCCCAGAAACCCCGAGAGGCGUUCAGAAACCUGCCUGAAAUUCCCAGAGAUGAACCAGAGACAGAACCUCAGGUGUUUCACGCGGAGGAGCAGCCUGACUAUGAGGAACCGCCAUGUCUGCCGCCCCGCCCAGCUGACCUGAUUGAAGAGGAGGAGGAGCCGGAGCCUGAGCAAUUUUAUGCUGAGUGUGAUCCUGACCCCAUACCUCAGGAUGAAGAUUAUGAGGAUGCUGUCUCAUAUGCUCCCCCAGCAGUUGUUGAUAAUGAUUAUGAAGACCUAAGUGUGGGGGGACAAACAGCCAGAGCCAUUUAUGACUACCAAGGAGAGGCCAGUGACGAGAUCUCCUUCAUGCCAGAUGACAUCAUCACUAACAUUGAGAUGGUGGAUGAGGGUUGGUGGAAAGGAACGUGUCAUGGUCGCACAGGCCUGUUUCCUGCCACCUUUGUGGAGCUCAUGUAGUUACUAAUAAUCAGUGAUCAAAUGUAUGUUUGUUAGCCACUUGCAGACAAUUAUCUUUUAUUGCAAUUUUCUAUGACAUACAAGUGCAAUAUACUAACAUGUUUUUUGGUUGUUUUAAUGAACCUGUUUCCUAUUAGCUGAACAACAUUUUACAUUCAAGGCACAUGGUUGGUUAACAGAUUACAUGGACAUUAACUUUUUUUUAUGAAGAUGUUAGAUUAAAAUAUAUAGGAUUGUUUGCACUACCGUUCAAAAGUUUGGGGUCUGGUUUUGUAAUGUUUUUGAAAGAAUUCUUUGCUGCAUUUAUUUGAUCAAAAAUACAGUAAAAAAGUAUUAUUGUGAAAUAUUAUGACAAUUGUUUUCUAUUUAAAUAUAUUUUAAAAUGUAUUGCUGUGAUGGCAAAACUGAAUUUUCAGCAUCAUUACUCCAGUCUUCAGUGUCACAUGAUCCUUCAGAAAUCAUUCUAAUAUGCUGAUUUGCUGUUCAAGCAACAUUUAUUAUUAUUAUCAAUGUUGAAAACAGUUGUGCUGCUUAAUAUUUUUGUGGAAACCGUGAUACAUUUUUUCAGAAUUCUUGGAUGAAUAUAAAGUAUACAGCAUUUAUUUUAAAUAUUUUUACUGUCACUUUUGAUCAAUUUAAUGCAUUUGUGCUGAUUAAAAUUAUAACAAUAGUAUUAAUUUCUUUAAAAAAAACGUGUAUUUUGAACGGUAGUGUAUGUAUCAAGGCACAUGAUAUAAAUGUCUAAGUCACAUUUUUCAAUGACCUUUUUGCCAAGGUCCAAAUUUUCAAACAAAAAGUAUGGUAGCAGUAAUAUUAACACAAAUUAAGAUAUUUUUAAUGAAAUCCAAGUUUUGUUUUUUAUCACCAAUAGAAAGCAACAUAAUUACAGUCAUUCAAGGCCCAGAAAGGUACUAAAGCCAUUGUUAAAAUUGUCCACUGACUAGUGUUUCAACCUUAAUGUUAUGAAGUGACGAGAAUACUUUUUGUGUGCAAAAAAAAAAAAAAAAUCCGACUUUAUUCAAAAAUGUAUUCUCUACCCUGUCAGUUUCCCACGCAGUUGACUUCUGUGUUUACGUCCGAACACAGGCUCAGUAUUGGCCAACGCUCUUCAUGUGAGCAGCACGAUGCAUGCGUGUGAUGCUGACGCAGGAGCCAGCCAAUACUUAGCCGCCGUUCAGACGUAAACAAAAAAAUAUUGCAUUUUUGGGUGAACUAACCCCUUAAUGCAGAGGUAUACCAUAAUGCUUUAUAGAGAUACAUAAUUUCACGCUUUUUAAAUAAUUUCAUACAAUUUAUAUGCCAAGCCACUGGCUUAAUGCUUCUUUGACUCAAUGUUAUGCAUUUGUGUUGACCACAAAAUAAAAGACAAAAUUUCCCAUGA